CAAGGUCAAUAAAAUGUCACAAAAAUUAAAUCAACAAUCAUCACAUCAAGCAAGAAAGAAAAUUAACAUGUCAUUGUCAUGUACAUAUCUAUUGGUUUUAUCAAUUUUCAGUAGUUUUGUGAUUUAAUAUUUUUGGGUACUGUAGUGUUAAUCAAUUCCUUGUUGUGCCGUACGAUGACUUUCAAGGAAAAUUAAUCACAGCUUACUGAAAUUUAGUUUUUAUUAUGUAAAGAAGAAUAACUAUUCAGUCCUAAAUAGAAUUGUUUUCACCAUGUCUGAACCAAAUAAUCCAUUUGCGGGCUUGAUAGGAGUUCAAAACAACAGUUCUGAGGUUGCAAACACACCUUUAGAUGUCAAUUCAAAACAGUUACCAGAGGAAGCAAUUAUCUUAGUAAACACUAUGGUGGAAAAUGUUUUCCACCUCACUAUCAACCCAAACGCUGUGGAAGAACGUUCGUCCGACAAACAAUUGGUCUAUUUAGAGGAACUAGCUGAAGCUACAAAACCAAAAAUGCACAUUGAUCUAGAAGCACUUGAACAAGCACUAUUUGAAAGAUUACUCUUAACUGAUGUAGAGUCUUAUGUUAUACCAAAAGUUACAAAGUCUUACAAAGAACAUGUUAUUCAGAAACAAGUUUUUCCUUACUUAUUUUGUUCAUUACAAAAUUUGCAAACUUAUGAACAGAGCAACUCCAUAAUUAUUAAAAAUGCAAUUCAAAAGAUGAGGGAAUUAAUAUUUAGAAAUGCAGUAACAGCUCUAAAGCAGCCAGCACUUUUUGAGGACCAAGAUUUUUCAAUUCAACUAGUGGAUCUUUUAAAACAUGUAGAUCCUCAAAGCCAUACAUUUUUGUUAGAUAUAGUGAAAUCUUUUGUGGAGGAUGAAGAGAGUGAGACUCUGCGGCAGUUGAAGGAGACAAUGAUACCAGUUUUACAAAGAAUUCAUACAGAUGUUAACAAAUCCACAUUGAUCAAUCUGCCUAUUUAUGUUUUGCCAUCUAUACAUUUAUUUGCUAGUAAUCCUUAUUUGGCUUCCAUCCUAAUGGAUGCUUGUGAACCAAAAUUAGAGACAAAAGGUAUCCACUACCAGGACUCUGUAAUUGGUGCUCUACUCAGUCUUUCUGUACUGCCAAGAACUGCCACAUCUCUUCAUGAAUUCUUUGACAAUCCUAUGGAUCAGGGUGCUACAUCAUUAAUUGAGACAUCAAUUUGGAAUGCGUCAUCACACCUUUCCAACAACAUGCACAAAAUAUUUUUAACACUGCUCAAAGGUGGCCCACAAUUAAAAAACAGAUUGUUGACUUGGAUAGGAAAAUGUCUGAAAGCAAAUGUCGCCAGGGGAAAAUUGUGGAAUGUACAGGCCGGGGAAGUUAGUGCUGCAACGCUGAAUUGUGUGUCAGAUGGCUUCAUGUUAAACUUGGGUGCAGUACUGUUGCAACUUUGCCAGCCAUUCUGUACUACAGCAGAUGAUCCGAAGUCACUCAAAAUUGAUCCUACAUACCCUGCUGUUACUCCUGAAGAAUGUCCAUCAAAAUCUGUUCACUUGGAUUGCUUGCACAGUGAGACUUGCCUCCUGCCCGCUCGCGAGGAUGAUAAUGGCCAACCAGUCAAGAGGCCUGUGGCAGAAACCUAUAGUUUUGUCACAGAAUGUUUUUUCAUGACACAGAAGUGUAUUGAUUUGGGUAUCCGGGUAUGCGCUGAGAAGUUGUGGCGGACCGGCCAUGAUCUGGGCCGCGCUCAGCGGGCGAUGGCCGACGUGGCGGCCGGGGCACACCAUCUGCUGGAACCCAUGCGACAGAGGACCCAUCAUCUUAUGACCAGAUUCGUCAGCCUCCGUUGCGCACUCCACGAGAACGAUAUGUUAAGCAACUUGAUUCGCCUUCAAGCUACAACUUGCAACUGGCUCGUGCAAGUAGCAGUUCGUCAUGACGUCGGCCCACAAAGUUACGCGCCCGGGACUGUGGUACCCGUGGAUAUGCCUAUAGUGACUCCCCCGCCUGAUACUUUAAGGUGCGUUCCAGAGUUCGUGUUAGAAAACAUCGUGGUCCUGAUCACGAUGUCGCGACGAACUGACGGCGGCGCGAGCUCGGAGGCCGACAUCGCGGCGCUGCUGCGGCCCGCCAUGUCGCUAGUGCUGGCCUUCAUGGGGGACUCCACGCGCACCUACAACCCGCAUCUCAGAGCGCGCCUAGCAGAGUGUGUGGAAGCAAUGCUGCCGAACCACCCGGACGAUCAGCAACAGCUCAGCAGUCUAGCGUCCUUCUCACGGGAACAGCUUUUCAAAGAACAUCCUCAUAGAUUACAGCUCGUACCAUGCCUCCUGGACGUGUUCGUGGGCAUAGAAAUGACGGGGCAGAGCGUUCAAUUCGAGCAGAAGUUCAACUAUCGCCGGCCGAUGUACCUCGUCAUGGAUUUCUUGUGGGGCAUUGAAGAGCACAGAGAGGCGUUCACACGACUUGCUAAAGAGGCUGAAGCCAAUAUGGAGGCCGUACAGCCACCCAUUUUCCUGCGUUUCGUCAACCUUCUGAUGAAUGAUGCUAUAUUCUUAUUAGACGAAGCACUCACUAAUAUGGCUCAAAUACGCACCCUGCAGGCUGCCCAGGAAAGUGGCGCCUGGUCGAACUUGCCUCCGCACGAGCGCGAACAGCAACUAUCCAACCUCUCCCACAUCGGAAUGCUCGCUCGCUUUGACAACAUUCUCGGACGCGAUACUAUCCGCACCCUUGUGCGUCUCACUGCGCACGCGCCCUACGUGUUCUGUCAUCCGACACUAGUUGAACGCAUCGCCUCUAUGCUCAAUUACUUCUUGUUGCACCUUGUCGGGCCAAACAAGAAGAACUUCAAAGUGAAAGACAUGAAAGAGUACGAGUUCGACCCGGCGAGUACGGUGCUCGACAUAUGCCGCAUGUACGUGGAGCUCGGCAGCAACGAGAGAUUCUGCGGCGCCGUGUCCGACGACGGCCGCUCCUACAGCCCGCAGCUGUUCACACUCGCCGAGGCCGUGCUAGUACGCAUCGGCGGUGGCGGCCUCAUAGGUUCACUGCAAGAAGUGGCGACACGCGUCAGCCGCCUCGCUGAACAGAAGCAACGUGACGAAGAGAUCCUUGCGAAUGCGCCUGAAGAGUUCCUGGACCCUAUCAUGAGUACCUUGAUGAUGGACCCGGUCAUACUGCCCAGUUCUCGGACCACCGUCGAUAGGACCACUAUUGCCAGGCACCUUUUGAGCGACCAGUCUGAUCCCUUCAACCGUUCGCCGUUGUCUAUGGAUCAAGUAAAGUCCAACACCGAACUCAAAGAGAAAAUACAUGCGUGGAUUGCAGAACAGAAGCAGAAAAUUGCUCAAACUCAGUCCAUUGCUGACUAAGCACUGAAAUAAAAGACUUGUACACGUGUAGUUACUAGGUCAGCUAGUAUCAGUAGUUUGAUUUUUAGAACGUAGAUUUCUUAUGAAACUAUUGUAUUUAAUUAAGUACACAAUGAGCCGCAGGUAGGAUGCUUGCUAACAUGUCUUUACUGUUAGCAAUCAUAAAUAAUAUAAUAUGUAUCGUAUAUUUAUAACUUAAUGCCUCCCAGCAUUUCUGCCUCGUGAUAUGUGGCAUAAGUUCUGUCGGAUUUACAUACGAAAAAGAAUAGAAUAGCUAUUCACUUCAACUGGCAACAUUUUGUUAUAUCAACCUUCGUUUUAAUACUAGGUAGGUAGGUACUAUGUAAAAAUAUGCCUAAAUCGUGUAAAGUCAGUUUUCUACUUCUCUUUUCAUGUCGCAAUAUGAUGUAAUAGUAGAUAUUUAAAAUAUAAUUUAUAUAAAUUGAGUUUAUGAUUUGUUACAUAUCAGUUCCUUGUGGUGCCGUGAUAUAUUUUAUGUUUCUUAAUUACACUAUAUUUUCAUUCCCUGUUAAAAGUUAAUUGAUGUUUCAAUAAAUCUUUUCAAUCUUA